AUGCGGAAGGACCGUCUUUGCCAAAAUGAGCAUCUGGCCAUCAGUAAGAUACUCUGCAUCACAGUGAAAGACAUAAGCCAGCAGGAGUUUGUUAGAGUCUAUCUGCCUUAAUCAGAAAAAAAAUCUGGUGAGCUGAAAAUGUCCAGAUGGGCUUAUAAAGUUAAAAAUAACAGGCUGUGUCCUUCCCCCUAUGAUGAGAUAUAUUUCCUUGUCGACAAUGCUCCCACAACAUGCCAACUGCGCUGCCACCAGGGCACAUUCCGUGUCAAAGAGUCUAAUGACCGUGAGUGA